AUGUUGAUUAUUUUAGUCUUAGUUCCUUUGGUAUUUGGGCGAACAGAAGAUAUAUUAUAUCAGUUCAAUUGGCUAAAUUUCACAUUCGAUGAUCCAGCAGAUGCUGAAAGCUAUGUAAAUAAUCAGCUUUACACCUGCUGUAUGCCUGCAGGAAUCAAAAUGAACUCACAAGGAGACAUUUUUAUAUCAGUCCCUAGGUGGAAGGAAAACGUUGUAGCGACCUUAAACCAAAUCGUUUCACAGAACGAUGACGCUCUACUGCUGAAACCUUUUCCAAGCUUAGAAGAAAAUGAAGAAGGAGUCGCAGAAGCAUUACAGUCUGUAUUAGGCUUUGAAAUUGAUCUAGAUGACUACAUUUGGGUGCUUGAUCAAGGCAAAGUUAACGGAAAUUCAGCAAUUGCUAACUCCCCCCUCCGUGAGCAAACAAAAAAAUCUUGUUCGCUCAUGAAGGAGGUUAAUUUUUUUUUAAGCUUUAUAGAAUUUUUUUUUUUUCGAAAUUUAAAAAAAAUCCCACUUCGCAAAAAUUGAAAAGCAAAUAAAAUUAAACAGAAUUAGCUAAUGAUUUCAUUAUUCAUUAAACUAAUUAUCACUUAUAUAUCAAAAUUUUUUUCUAAAAAAAAUUUUGUUGCUGGGUUUUUAGGCAAAAAAUAGGGAUUUUUCUAAUGGUUUUGUUCACUCACGGAGGGGGGAGUAAGAGCCAAAAGCUAGUAAAGUAUAAUUCAAUAACUGGAAAGAAAAAUAUGACAUACGAUUUGUCAAGCGUCACCUCUGCGAAUAAUUCGUUUUUGAAUGAUAUUGUUUUAGACCCACUGAGAGAGUUUGCAUAUAUAACUGAUUCAGGAUUGCCUAUAAAUUCCGAUGACCCACUAGAGCCAGCAAUUAUAGUGUUAAAUACAAAAACAUCGCAGGUUUGGAGGUUACUAGCGAGCGAUAUUUCAGUGAUGAAUAAUGAAACAUUAAGAAUUUAUAUUAAUGGGGAGCAGGUGCUUAAAAAUAGUCCAAUGGAGACAGGAGCAGAUGGAAUUGCGUUAUCAUGCGAUAAAAGGACACUCUAUUAUACGCCAUUGACAAGCCAAUAUUUAUAUUCUAUCGAUACUAUGUAUUUAAGGGACCCAAAAUAUCAUGCAAAUAUUUCAAAUUAUGUGCAACCCAUUGGAUGAAAAAAAAGCGCAAGUGAUGGGCUAGCUGCUUCAGAGAAAAAUAAUUUGUAUAUCACUGCGCUUGAAUAUAUAGAAAAAGGAGUUAAAAUCGAAAAUAAAAUAUAGCAGUUGCCCGAUGAUGGCGCUCAAUGCGCCAUCAUCGGGCAACGCCAAACAAGGGUCCACACGUGAAAUGGGUUCCACGUGUGGAGCCCAUUUUGGCUCGUGGAAAUGAGGAUUCUCCACGUUUUAAAAAGGGCUCCACACGUGGAAUCCAUUUCAACUGUGGACCCUUGCCUGGUGUUGCCCGAUGAUGGCGCUCAAUGCGCCAUCAUCGGGCAACUGCUAUAAUUUUUUUGGCAAUAAAUAGUUAGAUUUUUAAAAAAAAUAGAAUAUCAGUAUUAUUAUGAUUAUUAAAUUUAAUUAGAAUUUAUGAAGCAUAGAAUAAUUCAGUUUAUAAGCAGCCUGACAUUACAAAUGUAGCUUCAGAUUUUAGCGUAAACAAAUUUACAAUAUAUGGAAAUGAUUCAGAGCGUAUGAUGUGGCCAGAUACAUUAGGAUUUAAUAAUAAAGACAAAACUUUAUUAGUCGUCGCAAAUCAAUUGCAUCAUUUUGAAGAUGGGACUAUCAAUUUUAACAAACCCACUGUAGGAGAUCACAAUUUUUAUAUAUAAUAAUCAAAUAUAAAAAUCUUAAAUUAUUUAUAAAAGCAUGUCCAUAUUUUCAGUAAAAAUGUUUUUGCAUUCCUAAAUAUAGCUGCUGAAUAUAACCUAGAUAUCAUAUGGAGCAUAGAUGUAAAUGAUAGAUCAUAUUUAUAUGGAUGCGAAGAUAUUUCAGCUGACAAUGACACUUAUGAAGCAUUCCCAACCUGGGCGAAGAUUCUAGUUUGCAUUCUCGGAGUGAUUAUAUUGAUUAUUAUCGGUUGCGUAAUAAAGAAUAUCAUAAAAGCAAGAAAGAGGAAGAGACAAGCAUUGAUCAAUAACUAA